CGUCCCCUCCCUCCCCCGCUCUCCCCCGCCCAGCGCUCACCUCGUCGCGGCGGGGCUCCCCGAGCGGCUCGGCGGAGGGCACGGGGGCGACCUUCCCGGGGCGGGGGGGGCGUGAGACGGCGGCCGGCGAUCGGGAGCGGGCUCGGGGCUGCCCCCGCCCCUCGCCAGGUCCCCGGGCGGCGGGCGGCGGACUCGCGCCCCGGGGGCGGCAGCAGCAGCGGCGCCAGCGGCCGGCGCCCGCCCGGGCAGCGCGAGCUGGGGCGGGAGCGAGGGGCGGGGGACCGGCGGGCACGCGCACGCGGGGGGCGGGCGCGCGCCGUCCCGACUGGGGCCCGGGAGCGCCCCGGGAACGGCUGUUAAAGGGGCAAUGCCCUCGCACUGUGGGGAGCCUCGGGUGCGGCCGCAGAAAAGCUCGCUGGACGAUGGCUGGCGGGAGGGUUACGGCGCGCGAGGAACCUGGCCGGGGUGGGGGGAGGUGGGGGGAGGGGGCGGGCCCUGGAGGGGACCCAGGCCCCGGACCGGCGCACGUCGCCGCCAUCGGAGGCGCGCCCAGGGGCGGAGCCGCCCGUCGCGCCCCGCCCAGGGGAGGCCCCGCCCAGGCCCCGCCCCCGCGUGCGCGGCGCGCCGGCUCCGCCCCCGGCUCCAGUCGGCGCGUCUCUCCUCAGCGCCCGCCGGGCGUUCUAGAACCGGCCGCGCCGCCGCCUCAGGUGCCGGGGCCUAGAGCGGGCGGCGGCGCCGGCCGGUCCGCUGCCCGGUCCCCUGCCCGACCCUCCUCUCGCCCUCGACGGCUUCACAGCCGCCUCCGCCCCGCCGGGCUGUGCGCGAAGACUCGUUUCCCGCGAUGCUGCCGGCACCGGCGAGGAGACCUGACCCGGCCACGCGUCCGGCCGUGCGGGACGACGGACACAAGCUCAUCCCCUUUGCCAAGUGUUCCAGGGUGGUCCGCCGAUCGGCACCCCCCGGCUUGUCUUCCCAGAGCCCCAGACUGAUGCCCCAGCGAUACGGAGACCUCUUCUGGGAGAACCUUAGCCAAAAGCCCAGCCCCAGCUGGAUGGAAGAACAGUACACCCCACCCCUGCAGAGAGCCACUGGAUGCUCCCAGCCUGGCCUGUACCCCACUGAGGGGCUCCCACCACCGGAGCUGCUUUGCAGAAGAAAGAGAAGGAGGCCCCCUUUGGCUGGAAUGCAGCAGGGACCUGGGGGCAUCCCAGCCCGGGUGAGGGCAGUCGCUUAUCACCUGGAGGAUCUAAGGAGGCGACAGAGACUCAUCAAUGAACGGAAAAAUGCCCAGUGGGGCAGCUCUGGGGCUGCAUCUGAGCCCCUGGCUCUUGCCCAUGUCCGCGGUGGAGUCCCCAGAGCCACCCAAUACCGGGGUCUAGAAGAGGAGAGGGCUGCCUAUCAACAGGAAGACGGCCACCCUCUCACCAGUGGCCAGCCCCAGCUGCUCUGGUCUCCCUGGAGCCCCCUGGCCCAGGGCGGGUCUUGCCUCCCCAGGCGGCUGGGCUCCCUGGCCUCCUACAGCGCUGUCCAUGCUAGCAGGACGCUCCUCUGCAAGCCCUGGGGGAUGGAGGUGCGGUCUGAGGAGUGA